AUGCCUGGCUUCUUUAAGGAACAUCAGAAGGACAUGCCACUUCGAUUUGAUACGUUUUCCUUACGUCCAACACGUAGGGAACCCUGAGGCAGACCAGCUGCACAAACCCUCCAAGUCGAACUAGUGGAUCAAAUAUUGGGGACUGCGAAUUCCAUGAAAUAUUGGUGUACUAACACUAAACUCCAGGAAACUAGUGGGUGAGAAUGUGGGAUUUUAGACUUCAUAAACGCCUCCCAGUCUCCGACCAGUCUAUUUGUCAGCCAAUAUGUUGCUCAUGAACUGUUCAUAAAUAUUUAUCUGCUGCUCGUCACACUUACUGGGGUAGCUGACAGACACAGUACGGCCAACGAAAUCUGCGCUAUAGAUCUUGAUAUCCAAUAGGCAAUGUGACUUGGAAAGUGAGGAGGCAUGUUCUGGCAGGUGUAGAGAAUUGGCAAAGUCGCGCAGACUAUGACAGGUUCGACGUUUCCCAAGCACAUUUUUAUUGGCCUUAACAAUUUCUGUAUAGGCGCAUCUAGCAGUCCGCAGUAUGGAUCAUUUCGUGAAUAAUUCUUUGGGUUAGUUUUUACUUGCGAUAAUAUGUCAGUCGCAUGUACUGAUAUUGUUAAAACUGCAGCGAAUUAAAGCCUGCCUAUGCACGCAACUUCUUAUAAAAUCUUGUUUACCCAGAUAUCGUCCUCUAAAAUGUUGUCCAAUAAAAUAAAUAUAUGAUUACAUUUCCCCGAAUUACAUGCAUCUAACAAUGAGCUGUUCCGCAAGCAGAAGUAAAUAUCAGGAGACGCCAUAAUGUAGCACGUGAAUGCGAUUAAAUUUGUGAAUCGUGCUCCUGGACCCCUGCAACGUUUGCGAUUGUUCCUAGCGCCCUCUACGACAACUGCAUACCGACAAGUUCCUCAUUGUAUAACCGGAAUGUUGGGAUGUCCAGCGGUGGGUUCACGUGACGGUCGUAGUAGGUCGCUCGCUUGCUUGUAGGUGUAUACUACGCCUAGCGUCCAUUUGGUGGCACUCCAUUCUCAUCUGUGGCUCCCGAAGUUAGGCUCUGCCUAGCGGCCACACUCCGGUAACUGCCUCGCCCGGCGGGCUGAACCAGGUCAGGUUAUCCGUGUGUGCAUCAGCGCGCACGGUAAUGUGGACUCCGCUGCCAGGCAUUGGCAUCUCCGUAAUGAGGCUCCAUCUGGAACACCGUAGGAGGCCACAAGGUGAGUGAGCCCCCAGGUAAGCGAAUGUUGCCCUGCUGUCUUUACUUUUGCUUGCCUUUGUCUACUUGCUUUCUGUCUGCUUGUAGGUAUUUUCGCUGUUGAAAGCUAAAUUUUGCUCCGUUGAAUUUCCUGUGUUGCCUUUGCUUUUUGCUAUUAUUGCACGCUUGCUCCUUUUCUGCUUGUUUGUUUCUGUUCUUAUUGUACGUUAAAUGCAGUUCUGUUGAAUUUGCCUUCUCACCGUUUAUAUUUCAGCAGGCAGUUAGUUUAGCGAGGGACGUGAAAGCUCUGCAUCCCGUCUCUCUACCCUUCUCUCAUCCCGCUCCCCUUUAAACUAACAGGAAUAUCGUAUGGAGUCUCAGGCUAAUUCGGGUGGCUCUCCCAUUAAACAAAAGUCGUCGUCCAUAGUGAAGUUCACCAGCCGCCUGGGACAACUGGUCAGCCCUAUUUAGGGAGAGCACUGCUCACCCGCACUCUUGUGCUUGCCUGCUCACCAUCUCCAUUUCAGCAAUGAGCUAGCUCAAAGAUUAGCCUACCUUCUAGUCACCGCCGCCGCCGCCGCCGCCGCCGCUGUCGUCGCCGACUUGAACGUCUCCGUUGAAAACCGCUGGUGUCAACUUCGGAACACAGUUCAGUCGACGACCCUGGCUGUCCUCGGUUGCGCACGCCGCCAACACCAGGACUGGUCCGAUGACAUCGACACCGCCAUCAGCAACCUGUCCGCCGAGAAGAACCGCCUGCAUAAAGCCUAUGGCAACCGUCCCACCAACGACAACAAAGCAGUCGUCUACCUUAGUCGUCGCCUUGUACCAUGCAACAGCUCUCCAGCGGGAAAGCACAUGGAUGGGACACGAUCCCUGCUGAGAUCUACAAGCAGGGUGGCCCCCAACUCAUGGAUCAUCUGA